AUGGCUCCAUACAGUGUUGUCGCUAUACAUGGCUUGGAAACCACAUCGAAGAAAACAUGGACCUUCGGCAGUCGCAAUUCUGAAAACGGAAUCAACUGGCUAGAGGACGAUUCCAUGUUGGCAAAAGCUCUCGAAGAAGCCGAUAUCUGGACAUACGAUUGGCCUGCUACCUUUCUGGACAACAUCGUCCAAGGGACACUGGAAGACCAUGCGAAAUCUUUUCUUGAUCUUCUUUACACCCAGUUGACCAAGGACAAACCCACACCCGUUAAACUGGACCAGAUUAUUUUUAUUGCUUCCUGCUUUGAGCACGGUCAAGCGGUACUGCAAGCUACGGUGGGAAUUGUGUUCCUCGGCACACCUUUCCGUGGUUCUGAUGCGUUCAACUUCGCUCGGUGGGCCGCUCGCCUUUAUAAGCCGGCGGUGGGAGACUCGCCACCAACUCUCCUGCAACGUCUUUACAAGAAGGAUACGCACCUCGAGAGCUUAAGAUGGAAUUUUAUCGAUACGGCGAGAAGAACCCCAAUACCUGUCGUCUGUUUCUAUGAGACAAAGCCUACAAACCUCCUAAAGAAGGUCUUACCUGGCAAAACGGCUGACUUUCUUUCACGCUACCUAUCUGGAACUCUAAUAACGCUGGUACCAAAAUCUUCGGCCGUCCUCGAAAUUGCAGACCACUUUGCUAUGCACGUCCCACACUCAAUACUGAACAAGUUCCGUGGCCCAGAAUGCCCUAAUUUCAUCAAAGUCAGGGAUAAACUCAUCCAUUUGAAAGACGGGAUAUCACGUCUUAUGGAUGAUCGAAAGAGAAGCUCCAAGGAAGCAUACAACACUCUCCCGAGCCGAAAUCGAUAUUUCAUUGCACGUGAAAACUCCAGAGACAAGUUCUUGAAGGAGAUUGUGGAGAGUGUCGAUCCAAGUAAGAUGAUUGAUACUUGUCCGAGAAUAUGUAUUUGCGGUCUCGAUGGUGUUGGUAAAACAAAACUUGCAUUGGAAGCAGCUUGGAGACUACAUGAUGCGAAGAAGAACGACGACCUAUGCUCCAUAUUCUGGGUCUCGGCGAGCACGGAGACGAGUUUCGAAAAGGGGUAUCGCCUGAUUGGGAAAACACUCCAAUUAGACCCUGAAAGAAAAACGUUCAAUCAAGUGGUGGAGAUCGUUAAUGACAGGCUGCGGACGAGACCUGGACACUGGCUCCUAAUUGUUGAUGACGUGAGGGAAUGGAUGGAUGACCAAAUCCUUCCUCAAGGGCCCAAUGGCUCGAUAUUGGCUACAGCUGCUAGUUCGAGCAUGGCUUUUCGGCUAAAAAUGCAGUUUAAUUACCUCGAGCGUCUCAGCUUAGAAGAAGCCAUUGAACUCUUGAAGCUGCCUUUUUCGAAAGGCGAAAAUUUUAUCAACGCUGAGAAUGUAUCGGAAGCAAACACACUAGUUUCUGAUCACCUUCUCUACCACCCUCUCGCUAUCAAACUGGCAUCAAAGUACAUGAAGGCACAGAGAGCAAGCAUUAUAGACUACUUGGCGUUAUUCAAAGAUCGAAACCUCAACAAUCAAGGUCUCUAUCCCAUUGACCGGGACACACAACGCGCACAGCCUUGCCCAUCCUCAAGAGGAUUGCUUUUUGCGAAGAAAAAAAACAUUCAUGUGUCGCACUUGCAAAUCGACAUUGACGACCGUGUUCUUAACGCUUUGGUAGAGUACUCCUUUGUCGUGAAGAACAUUAUCGCCGAAAGAAUUGAUGUUCAUCAGCUCGUUCAAACGGCAAUGAUAGACUGGUUUCAGAGUCAAGGGACCUUUGACAAAGAAGCGAGGUUGGAGGUAGAGACGCAACUCGAGACACUCCCUUUCCCCACCAGUGCUUCCAAAGAGCAAUGGGAAAAAAGCCUCCCACAUGCGGAAAGAACAUUGGAAAUUGCAGAAGAAGCAUUUAGACAUCCUGAUCGAGACUUGGAUCUCCCUAACAUAUUUUCCUAUGGAGAGUCUGGGUGGCGACUCCUUUAUAUGGUCGGGCAGGCUAACUUCAUGCUGAAAGGGUAUGAAAGGGCGAAGAAGUUUCACCUAAGGGCUCUUGAUCUGGAACGAGCUGGUCGGAUGAACAGGUCACGCGAAGAAUUGGCUGAGGUCAAAGACAGUCAAAAAGCCGAAACAGAUGGCUUUUCGAUGAAUGAUCUAUCCGCGCUUAUGCAAAGGGAGUCUCGAGCUUGUCGGCUCCUCAUUCAGGGACCGCACAAUGAGGGGAGCAAGGAGUUAUUGGAGGUGUGGAAAAAGGCCAAGAGUCACUUGGGCGAGGCACAUCCCCUCACCAUUAACACCCUCGAAACUCUGGCCUAUGCCUUGAAGCAUCAGGACAACAUUGAUGAGGCAGCUACAAGAUUUGAGGAGGUUUUGCGGUUGAAGAGGGAAAACCUUCCCCGGGAUAGCCGGUCUAUUCUGAAGAGCAUUGAGAACCUCGCAGCUGUUUACCAACAGCAAGGCAUUUACGACAAGGCCGAAAGUUUAUUGCAAGAAGCUUUUCAGCUCUGUGCGAAGAAGGUGCAUGGCAGUGAACAUGAACAUGACCCUACAGUCGCAUAUAGGGAGCAACUGCGCCUCUUGGUAAAACUUCAAGAGCUGCAAGGACCGAAAGAAUAG